AUGAGUAGCAAAUCAUUUUUCAACCCGCUUGAUAGGUCUCAGAUCGACUUCAUCGCCGCAGACAGAGAGUCGGUCACAGACAGUGAAAUUGGAAUUCUGGGCGGACUCAAAAUUAGCGGUGAACAAUAUUCUUUCCGUGAUUCAUUUGUGCCCUCGGAAACUUCGCAGAGCAUCUUCAGCGAUGCGAUGAUUCGGCCCACUACGUCGUGGAGCACAGUCGACCAUUUUGACAGGCUCUCUAGUGUGUCAAGUGGAUCAUCGCGUGGCACAGAUAUGAGCCAUGGCGUUCGCUACAAAAUCGUGCUCAAAUUGACCCCACGCGAGGUCAACUUGGUGCGCAGCUCGUGGGCCAUCAUGCUCAACGACGAGCUGUCCGGCGACCGGUUUCGUUCCACGAUCCGCAGGCUGUGGCACGACCUAGGGUCGUGUACCUGGGGCAGCAGCUUUCGCACGAACCGCCAAAACCCACCAACCAAGGUUGGUAGCAGCCAUAGCGUCAACUCCCACAUUUCGCGCGGGAACUCAAGCACAGGGACUUCUGCAACGUCCGCUACUAAGUCUGCUGGCGCUGGCGCCACGGCAGAGAACGUUAGCAGUGGUGCUUUUGCCAGUUCGAUUUUCUGCAGUCAGUUUUACGGAAACUUGCUGUAUAUGGAGCCGUCCAUCGAGAAGAUGUUUCCCUCCAUUCGACACCAGGCCGUUGCUUUUGCCGGUGUGCUCACCAUGGCAGUCAACAACCUCGAUGAUCUAACAACGCUGGAAGCAUAUCUGAGCAGUCUGGGGAAGCGUCACUCCCGGAUCCUGUCUAUCGAGCCGUUCCAUUUCGAGCUUAUGGGUAUGGCGUUUCUCAAGACCAUAAAAGAGCGGUUUGGGUACCACAGCACGCUGGAGCUCGAGGAAACGUGGUCCAGACUUUACAGUUUCCUGGCCAACAGCAUUUUGCAAUUUGGGAUCGACCCGGUGCUAAAAUUCGACGUGCUAAAUAACGAGAUAAUUUUCCCCGUUCCAGAUCUCGUCAAGGGUCUACCUACCACCAAGAGCCCGCUGUGGCCUUCGGCACCGGAGUCCUCUAUGCCAAAACCAAAAGUAACCAGUGUAAAUCCUAAUGCUGCGUCGAUCCCGACUCCAACGCCAACGACGGUUUCUAGAAGCAAAACCGUUAAAAAAUUACCGCAACCCAGAAAUCCUGAUUCUAUCCCGGCCAGAUCGCUCUACACCAGUUCCAAGAGUCGUGAUUCUGACAAGGAUUGUAUCAUUAUGUGA